AUGACAAAGUCCAGUGGUCAAAUGCCAUCCUCACUGGAGGAUGAUCCAUUAGACGGUAUGACACCAUUUCAAAAAGUUUUAUACAGAUCAAAGCAGCAACCAUUGGUUCCAUUAGGAUGUCUUGGUACCACAAUUGCCGUUAUAUUAGCGGCCAAAGGAGUGAGAACUGGUGAUUCCAGAAGUGCACAGAAAUGGUUCAGAUGGAGAGUUGGUUUGCAGGGGUUGACACUUGUGGCCUUAUUGUUUGGAUCAUAUUAUUACGCAGAUAAUUACAAAAAGCAAACGAAGACCCAAGAAGAAUUGAACAUCGAAAAGGCUAAAAUGAGGGAAAAACUUUGGGUGGAAGAGUUGGAAAGAAGGGAUGCGGAGAUUAAAGAUAGGCAGAGACGGGCAGCACUGGCAAGAAAACACAGAGUUGAAGAGGAGAAAUAG